AUGUCUCCAGCUGAUUGUAAAUCAAUGAUGUCAACCAAAUCCGCUGUGAUUACGGACAAAUUAGUGUUAAGUUAUGCCAAAGGAGAGAAAUUGUUCCUUGCCCUUAACAAUUUAUCGAUCAAUAUUCCCCAAGGUUGUGUUUAUUGUUUAAUUGGCCCCUCAGGGUGUGGUAAGACCACUUUCUUACGAUGUUUAACCGGAUUCCUUAAACCAGUGAAAGGGUCAAUCAAAUUGUUUGGUGUGACACCGGGAGAUUCAUCAUUAGGUAUUCCUGGUCCAAAUUUGGGUUACAUGCCUCAGGACAUUUCACUUGACAGCGAUUUUACCAUAGGCGAAUCAGCCACUUACUAUGCGAGACUUUACCGUGUCCCCUUAUCGGGUGUUCAAGCUCGAUUAACAACCUUACUUAAAGCACUUAGCCUUCCACCCUCAACCCGAUUGAUUGGUAAACUAUCGGGUGGACAGAAACGUCGAGUUUCCUUCAUUUGUUCAAUUAUCCAUGAGCCUAAAUUGAUCAUUCUAGAUGAACCUACAGUCGGUUGUGAUCCUUUAGUACGUGAAAAUAUGUGGAAAAUAAUUUUCCAAAUGACCACAACCAAAUUAACCACCGUAAUAAUUACAACUCAUUAUAUUGAGGAAGCUCGAAGAACCAAUUUAAUUGGUUUCAUGAGAAAAGGUUCAAUUCUUGCUCAAGAAUCACCCGAUGAUAUAUUAGCUCGUUAUGGUGUUUCAACUUUAGAGGAAACUUUUGCCAUCCUUUGCCGCCAAGAGAGGCCACUUUCUGAUUCAUCUUCCCCUGAUCCUUCAUCAUCUAAUUUCUUAACUAAAUCAAAUUUAAUUAUCCAAUGGAGUUUAUUUACUGCUGUUUUCUCUCGGGUUUUCUUACGAUUCACCAAAAUGCGCUGGUACAUCAUCGGUGCUUCCUUUAUAAUCGCUUACCUGGUUUACCUUUACGCAACCAUUUACGGCACUACACCUAAGCACAUGGCUGUGGGUCUAUUCAAUGAGGAAGAUCCACCAAGAGCGAGUCAAAUUGUCUUGGAUAAUAUAAAUUCUGAGGUAAUUCAGAUAAUACCUUUUAACGAUCUUGAAUCGGCUUAUGCUGCGGUUGAAUCUAAAUCGAUUCAUGGGUUUCUUCAUUUUCCUCGAUUCUAUUCCUCAUAUGCUCCAUUGAAAUAUCAUUUUCGAGAACCCGUUGAUCAAGAGUAUCGUGAUUUCAUUGAAAAUGCUCAAGUUCGGUAUGUUGGUGACGCUUUCGAGAAAAUUGUCUUCCAAAUAAUUGAACAAUCUCUUACUCGAGGCUUACGAACCGCUGGACCAUUGAUGUUAGCCAAUCUUUCACUUAAUCCAAUGAUGGCAACUUGGCCAAUCACCCAAGGAGAUCCAAUUUACGAUCUUGCCGAUCCCUCUGAUCUAACAGGAUCUCGAACAUUUUUCAUGCCUGUGGCCAUAUUUUACAUCGCUCAUGUUACUGGGUUUCUACUUUCAAUUUACUCUCUUCUUCGUGAUCGUAAGGACGCUGUUCUUGAACGUACCUAUGCCGCCGGCGCUGGACCAACACACAUCCUUUUAAGCCACAUGAUAACCAAUACAUUGAUUCCCGUUCUAACUUCGGCACCUGUUUGGUACAUUGCGCUCGAAUAUCUUAAGCUCCUUGUGAAGGUUCAUUCGCUUUACUUUUGGUCUUCUAUUUUCUCAAUAUAA